CAUGUGACAAGCAGCACGGACUAAUUCCGACCAUGUCCUCAUGAAAGCAAUAGUUUAUGGCACAGAGGUCUCCCCAUACGACUAAAACCAGUUUAGUAGUUUGUGGAAAAUAAAGAGCGUAUUAAUUUUUUUUAUUAUUAUUGCUUCCCCCUCCUGAAUUAACUUGGAAUCAGCGACCUUUCAAGACAAGGAGGAGGAGAUGAAUUACGAAUUUGGGCGAGAAAGUGGUUUCAUCAACAGCCAGCCGUCGCUCGCUGAGUGCCUGACAUCUUUCACUAACCCUGUCGGUGAUGCAUUUCAAAGUUCAUCAAUCAAGAGCUCGGCGCUUUCACAGACGACACUGAUUCCUCCUCCUUUUGAGCAGACCGUCCCCGGCCCGAACCCGAGCAUCCACCCACGCCACAGCCGCACUAAGCAGGCUCUGAAAGGCAGCAGCCCGCUGCAGGAUGUCUCUCUACCCCCGGAGUACCCGUGGAUGAAGGAGAAGAAAAGCAUCAAGAGGAACCAGGCUGCUUCUGCUCCUUCCUCUUCUUCAUCUGCAGCUGCAGCUUCUGCUAGGACGGACUCUUCGCCGCUCUACUUCUCCCCCCAAGGUUCACCUGAGAUACCAGAGAGCGAUGUCGGCGGCGCAGGGGCAUCCCGGAGGCUGAGGACAGCGUACACCAACACCCAACUGCUGGAGCUGGAGAAGGAGUUUCAUUUUAACAAAUACCUGUGCAGACCCAGGAGAGUGGAAAUAGCCGCCUUGCUGGAUUUAUCCGAGAAGCAGGUGAAAGUGUGGUUUCAGAACAGGCGGAUGAAACACAAAAGGCAGACCCACAGCAAGGAGAACCGGGACAGUGAGGGCAAAUACGCGUGCCUGGACGACGGGCCGGAGGACGAGUUUGAGCAGGCGGAGGACAGCAGCGCAGCCGGGACGCCCCUGGAGAGGGAGAGGUAUUUCCACCAAAAUACCUUGACUUCACAGCAUUGUCAGAGCGGACACAAUGGGGAGAACCAAAGCCCAACUGUUACCCCUUUGAGCAGCAAUGAGAAAAAUCUGAAACAUUUUCCAAACCCGACACCCACUGCUCCCGUCUGCGUGUCAACAAUAGGCCCGGACAAUGAUCAUUCCCCGGUCCUGGACGUGUCUUUGCAGGAUUUCCAAAUUUUCUCAUCCCCGUCCUCUUUCUCGCCGAGUUUGUCAGAUUCACCGCAAAGUCCUCUGCCUCUGUCAUCGGAAACUUUCGACCUAUUUUCCGAAACACUCACAACAAUCGACCUGCAGAACCUGAGCUAUUGAAAUGUUUAACUUAAACUCUUGUGUUCACUCCAUGUACUCAAAUUUAGCGCGAGGGCAAAAUUAGUAGAUCUCAAAGAUAAGGUAAGUUAAAAUAAAUAAAUAAUAAUAAUAAAAAAUGGGCUGCUAAAAAUAUUACACGUUUAUUUUUAUAUCGAUUUAAACUAUAAUUGAGCACAGUAUUUUUCUUGAAAUAAAACUUUACAUUGAUUGGA